GUGUGCGCUUGUGUUUUCACAUACUUCUCCUCCUUUAUACCUCAAGGCUCGAGCAUCAAAAUAAAGCACCAACACACAAAACGAGGACAAUGAGGGGCGCCGGCCGGUCCAAAAACACGCAGAAUCUGGAUAAGAGGGAGACGACGGAUAAAAUGAAUGCAACAAAGGACAGCACGGAGCAAAGCGGUAACAGUCUAACCCGAGAGCUCACACAGAAUCCUUUAAAGAAAAUAUGGGUGCCAUCCUCCACUAACGGCCUUCCAGACAGACACAUUAGUCAAAGGAAGGUAUGCAUGACCAACUGCCCCACACUUAUAGUAACUGUUGGUCUACCAGCCAGAGGAAAGACCUACAUCUCCAAGAAACUGACACGCUACCUCAACUGGAUUGAUGUUCCAACAAAAGAGUUUAACGUUGGGCAGUACAGACGUGAAUGUGUGAAGAUCUACAAAUCCUUUGAGUUCUUUCGGCCAGACAAUGAAGAGGGGCUUAAAAUCAGGAAGCAGUGUGCAUUGGCAGCUCUCAAUGAUGUACGGCAGUUCCUCACAGACGAAGGUGGCCAGGUGGCGGUUUUUGAUGCCACAAACACAACAAGAGAAAGGAGGGAGACGAUCCUCAGAUUUGCAGAGCAGAAUGGUUUCAAGGCUUUCUUUGUGGAAUCUGUGUGUGAAGACCCGGAUGUUAUUGCCGAGAACAUUGUGCAAGUGAAGUUGGGCAGUCCAGACUACACACACUGUAACACAGAAGAGGCCGUCGCAGACUUUAUGAAGAGGAUUAAAUGUUAUGAGAACUCUUAUCAGCCACUGGAUGAGGAACUGGACAGGGACCUUUCGUUUAUUAAGAUCAUUGAUGUGGGGCGGCGGUACCUGGUGAACCGGGUCCAGGACCACAUACAGAGCCGAAUAGUGUACUACCUUAUGAAUAUCCACAUCACGCCCCGCUCCAUCUACUUGUGCCGGCAUGGAGAGAGUGAUCUGAACAUCAAAGGUCGUAUCGGUGGAGAUUCAGGGCUCUCGGCUAGGGGAAAGGAGUUUGCUAAGUCUUUGGGCCAGUUUAUCCAGUCGCAGAAUAUCCAUGAUUUGAAGGUGUGGACGAGUCAGAUGAAGAGGACCAUACAGACGGCAGAAGCUGUGGGAGUGCCAUACGAACAGUGGAAAGCUCUCAAUGAGAUUGAUGCCGGUGUUUGUGAGGAGCUCAUGUAUGAGGAGAUCCAGCAGAGAUAUCCACUGGAGUUUGCAUUACGAGACCAGGACAAAUAUCGUUAUCGCUAUCCCAAAGGAGAGUCUUAUGAAGACUUGGUCCAGCGGCUGGAGCCGGUGAUCAUGGAGUUAGAGCGGCAGGAGAACGUUCUGGUCAUCUGUCAUCAAGCGGUCAUGAGAUGCCUGCUGGCCUACUUUCUGGACAAGACUGCAGAGGAACUGCCUUACCUGAAAUGCCCUCUACACACAGUAUUGAAGUUAACACCGAUGGCCUAUGGUUGUAAGGUGGAGUCAGUCUGUUUGAACGUGGAUGCUGUGAAUACACACAGAGACAGACCAUCGAACAUAGAUGUGUCACGGCUGCCGGAAGAGGCUUUGUUAACAGUGCCAGAUCAUCACUGACAGUUCCCCGUCCCUCUCUUUCUCACACACCAUUAUCCCAUUCCCCUUUCUUAGGAAUGUAGACAUUCUUACAUUCCUAAAUGCAUCUACUGUAUUUCCUAAAAUCAGGGGAAAUUUUUUACCGCCCAGUAAAUGCAUUUUGAUUUACAGCUCCGAAGUGAAGAACUCUGUAUGUACGGAAUUCACUUUUUUUUUUUUUUAUGAACUAAUUCACUAUGUGUUCCUGUGUUCAUUGAUGACGUGCCAAUACUAAAUUGCACUUUAUCAUAAAUGCGCACUGAUGUUUUUCAGUUCCUGCUGCACAUGAAUGUAACUGCUGCUAUGAAAACACCAGUCACUCCAGUAGCAUGUGAUAUUUAUUUAUGGUGCACAAGUUAAUGCAUAUGUAAAUUUGAUUGGGUUUUGGCUGGUUAAUUUGACAUUAUUUCUUAAUGAUUCAUCACUUCAUAGAAUGUGUAGUAUGUAUAUAACAAUGGUCAAAUUUUGAUGAAGCAGAACCUUAUCUUGGAAAGAAAUUGUAGGUAAUUUUAGAUUUUUUUUACACCAAUUUAUAGUAAACUUUUCAGUUUUUUUUUUUUAAACACUAAGGAAUGUUAUGAUGUAUAACACUCUUCUUCUGGUAACUAAGAAGGAGGAGAAAUCUCUACUGUAAUGCCCAUUUGCGAUGCUAAUAAAAUGUAUUUGAAUAGUGAAAUCCUGUCUCUCUUUACAUUCACCCACAAUACUGUCUGUCACUGAAGAACAAAGACAGAACAGCUUGUAAAACAUAACGG